CACCUUGACUUUCUUUAUAGGUUCUUGCCUACACUGAAGGCCUUCAUGGAAAAUGGAUGUUCAGCGAGAUUCGAGCCGUUUUUUCAAGACGUUAUCUUCUCCAGAACACAGCUUUGGAAGUGUUUAUGGCAAACAGAACUUCUGUAAUGUUUAAUUUUCCCGACCAAGCAACAGUGAAAAAAGUUGUGUACAGCUUACCACGUGUUGGAGUAGGAACCAGCUAUGGUUUGCCACAAGCCAGGAGAAUCUCUCUGGCCACACCCCGACAACUUUAUAAAUCCUCCAACAUGACUCAGCGCUGGCAGAGACGGGAGAUAUCCAACUUUGAAUACUUGAUGUUCCUCAAUACUAUAGCAGGACGGACAUACAAUGACCUGAACCAAUACCCUGUAUUUCCGUGGGUUUUAACAAACUAUGAGUCUGAAGAGUUAGAUCUGACCCUUCCAGGCAACUUCAGAGAUCUUUCAAAGCCUAUUGGUGCUUUGAACCCAAAGAGAGCUGUCUUCUAUGCAGAACGAUAUGAGACAUGGGAAGAUGAUCAGACUCCACCUUAUCAUUACAACACCCACUACUCUACAUCUACUUCUACCUUGGCUUGGCUUGUUCGUAUUGAGCCCUUUACAACAUUCUUUCUAAAUGCAAAUGAUGGCAAGUUUGACCACCCAGAUCGAACCUUCUCUUCAGUGGCCAGGUCCUGGAGGAACAGCCAAAGAGAUACCUCAGAUGUGAAGGAGUUAAUUCCAGAAUUUUACUACCUACCCGAGAUGUUUGUCAACAGUAAUGGAUACAAUCUAGGAAUCAGGGAAGAUGAAAUUGUUGUGAAUGACGUUGAUCUCCCUCCAUGGGCCAAGAAGCCUGAAGACUUCGUCCGCAUCAACAGGAUGGCUUUGGAAAGCGAGUUUGUAUCAUGUCAGCUUCAUCAGUGGAUUGACCUUAUAUUUGGCUACAAGCAACGAGGACCAGAAGCUGUGCGUGCACUCAACGUUUUCCACUACCUAACAUAUGAAGGCUCUGUGAACCUGGACAGUAUCACUGAUCCUGUCCUCAGGGAGGCCAUGGAGGCGCAGAUACAGAACUUUGGACAGACGCCAUCGCAGUUGCUCAUUGAGCCCCAUCCACCUCGGAGCUCUGCCAUGCACCUGUGUUUCCUUCCACAGAGCCCCCUCAUGUUUAAAGAUCAGAUGCAGCAGGAUGUCAUCAUGGUGCUGAAGUUCCCAUCAAAUUCCCCUGUCACACACGUGGCAGCCAACACGCUGCCCCACCUGACCAUCCCUGCCGUGGUGACUGUCACUUGCAGCAGGCUGUUUGCUGUCAAUCGGUGGCACAACACAGUAGGUCUUCGGGGAGCCCCAGGAUAUUCUUUGGAUCAAGCCCAUCAUCUUCCAAUUGAAAUGGAUCCAUUGAUCGCCAAUAACUCUGGUGUGAACAAACGUCAGAUCACAGACCUUGUGGAUCAGAGCAUCCAGAUCAAUGCGCAUUGCUUCGUGGUCACGGCAGAUAAUCGCUACAUCCUUAUCUGUGGUUUCUGGGACAAGAGCUUUCGAGUUUAUUCCACAGAAACAGGAAAAUUAACUCAGAUUGUGUUUGGCCACUGGGAUGUCGUGACUUGCCUCGCCAGGUCGGAGUCCUACAUCGGGGGUGAUUGCUACAUCGUGUCCGGGUCUCGUGAUGCUACAUUGCUGCUUUGGUACUGGAGUGGCCGACAUCAUAUUAUAGGUGACAAUCCAAACAGCAGUGAUUAUCCAGCUCCUCGUGCCGUUCUAACUGGUCAUGAUCAUGAAGUUGUCUGUGUGUCGGUCUGUGCAGAGCUGGGACUUGUUAUCAGUGGUGCUAAAGAAGGUCCUUGCCUAGUACACACAAUUACUGGAGACUUGCUGAGAGCCCUGGAAGGAACAGAAAACUGCCUGUACCCUCGCUUAAUUUCAGUGUCUAGUGAAGGUCACUGCAUCAUCUACUAUGAACGAGGACGGUUCAGCAAUUUCAGCAUUAAUGGCAAACUCUUAGCUCAGAUGGAGAUCAAUGAUUCAACCAGGGCCAUCCUCCUGAGCAGUGAUGGGCAGAACCUGGUGACAGGAGGAGACAAUGGUGUAGUGGAAGUAUGGCAAGCCUGUGACUUCAAGCAGCUCUAUAUUUACCCUGGCUGUGAUGCUGGCAUAAGAGCUAUGGAUCUGUCUCAUGAUCAGAGAACUCUGAUUACUGGCAUGGCUUCUGGCAGCAUUGUAGCUUUUAAUAUAGAUUUUAACCGGUGGCAUUAUGAACAUCAGAACAGAUACUGAAGCACGGUGAAGAACUGAAAGCCCAGGUAAAGCUGAGAGCACAAGUGCUGCAAAGAAAGGUGUAGUCUCUGGUGGAAAACCACGUCUGCAUUGACCUCCGUUGUACAUUCCAUUACACCCAGCAAUAGCUGUACAUUGUAGUCAGCAACCAUUUUACUUUGUGUGUUUUUUCACAACUGAACACCAGCUGCUGAAAAGCAAGCUUGUAUCAUGUAAAUUAUAUGAAUUAGGAAAUGUUUUGGUAAUUAUUUCAUAUAUCUUUGUUUAUUGAGAAAAGGUAGUAGGAUGCGCCACAAGAGACUUUUGAAAAUUCUGGGGAACCUUGUGUCCAGUUAUUUCAAUGUUUAGGCUUUGAACCUAACAUGCAUCCCAUCUCCAGCCUCUUUUCAAGCUGAGAUUAAAAAAAAAUAUGUUUGAUACUUUGUACAUCAGAUGCACAUCUUAACUUUAAAGGGAUACUUUUGUAAAAGUAAAACCUUGUAUAAAGAACAAAACUGUUUCUUAAUUUUAUUGUGGAGUUACAACUUGCAUGUACUUUAAACCUGAUGUCUUGAAGGAACAGGUGCAUUCACACAAAUCAGACUGAAGAUCUGCCUAAGGGUACAGCUUGUGUUAAAGGGUUGAAUUUGGGAGCAAACAGUAAUUCUGACAUUUUCACCAACACAUUUUUCACUUUUUGAAUCUAAAGUUUACCCCUCUUAAGUGGAGUUCUGCUCGCGAAGCAUUUGGAUAAAAAGCCAUCAUUUGCCAUAUUUAUACUUUAUACAAUAGAAAUUAAUUUCCUCCCUUUUGAAUUUAAAGACUAGACAGAAGGGGAGCAAAGAAGGAAGUUCAGUUUAAUGCUUUGUAAUGCUUAAUGAUUCCCAAUACAGACAAAGUGCUAUACUUCUGGAUUAUUAACAUUUGGCACAUAAAUCAUGGGCAAGAGAGCCCCCACUGAUUUUUUUUCCCUGAUUUUUAAUCUGAGUAGCUUGGUUUAUUUGACAGCCUUAGCCUCAUCUCAGAGGUGACUGAGGUUGUUCUUUUCAGUUCUUCUGAAUAUCUCACCUGAAGCCACUCAGACUAAGGAACUUCAUCUUUUACAAUACUGUAAUGAUAACUAUCAGAAUAAUUUUCUGCACAUUGUACUGAUCAAAUUACACACCCAGGGGUAUAUACACUUUAAUUCAUGUUUCUUCUUUGUAUAUUUGGUGACUGUAUUGUCAUAGAUGUACAUAUUGUGUCGGUAGGGCUAUGAGGCAUGUAACAGGAAUGUAAUUUUCUCAGAAUUUACACUCACUUGCAGUCAUUUAUUUAAAAAGAUAAUGGAUUCUUUGUAUUGGCACUUUGCACCAGGAACAUAUCAUUAUUUAUUGAUGUGAUUACUUAUUUGUUAUCCACCUUGUAUUAGUAAGUUUAGCCCUGAAUUUCCUUCUUCAUUGUUGUUUGUAUUUAUAAGGUUUGGAAAUCAUGGGGAUCAGCGUAAUGAUUAAGUUAUUCAUCACCUGUCUGUAAGCAAUAUCUUGAGUUUGUAGCUUAGAAUUGGGAGACUAUUGAACAUCUGGAAGACAAGUUCAUUUCAUCUUGAGAUCAUGGUGAAAUAUUUUGGAUAUAUAAAUUCCUUAAGCUAUUGUAACCAUGUUUUAUUGCAAAGAUGUAAAAUAUGCCAGAUGUGUGUGAGUUGGAAAUCAAAAAGAAAAAUAAAAUAUGCAAAGAAUUCA